CAACCAUUUAUUCAGAGAUUUGCUCACACUGUUCAUCAAAGAAGGUGAUGCAAUUAUGCAUCAAAGCGUUCAGAACACAAUCAGACACUAAAUCUGAUAAACAAAGAAGAGUUAUCAGAGGAUACUAUCCUUGACAAGUUGGAUGAUUACUGAUGUUGUUCAAUAAUAAGCACUGCUUUUGAGUAUACACAGACUCUUCCAUCACAAUUUCCUUCCUUUCCUGCACAAGCCUCAGAGGAGGACUGUCCAAAAUAGAUUUCCAAGAAAGCAAAUCCAGGAAAAAGUCUUUAAGAAUGGCCUUUAAAUCUCCUGCAGAAGAAAGAGCCUUCUUCCUGAAGAACAAACUUGGCCUGCUAUAUCAAAAUCUUGAAAUUCUUGAAGAAGAUGCUAUUUUUGUUAAAGCAUCCAAAUAAGCUUCCCUACACAGCUGAGAGUGUCAGCAAAAGACGCUCUAAGUACAUUGGAGUUUUUAAAAAUUGAUCUAAAUGGCAAGCUUUCAUUGCAAUUAACUCAGUAAAAACCUACAUCCAGGUAUAUGAAUCUGAGGAGAAUGCAGCAAAAGCAUUUGAUGUUAUGUCCUUGAUUCUAAAAAGAACUUCAGCCUUCACUAAUUUCAAGUACACUAAAAGAGAAGUGGUUGAACUCCUCCACGAUUAUCAGGAAAUUGUAACUAAAUUUUGCCAAUAAUUCAACAUCCCGUGA